UCACAAGAGACCUAACCUCCAGAGCCACAGGCCGAGGCGCAUAUUCUUCUUAAGCUUCUUUGUCGCCUAUUUUUCUACAUAACGAAGAGAAAGCCGCUUGUUCUGCUGUGAUAAUGGCGGCAGCGAAAACAUGGGUGAUUCUGGUUUUAGUACUUUCAAUGAGCCUCUGUGGGAAAUGGGUUCGUGCCCAGGUGCACCAUGUGGUUGGAGAGGAUCGUGGCUGGGAUCCUUCAACUGAUGUUGCUUCGUGGUCUUCCGGCAGAACUUUCAGGGUCGGAGACAAAAUUUGGUUCGCAUACUCCGCGGCACACGGGAGAAUAGCGGAGCUUAAGACGAAGGAGGAAUACGAGUCAUGCGAUGUGAGCAAUCCAAUCAAAAUCUACAAGGACGGAUUAUUUAAUAUACUGCUCGAUGGGGAAGGGAUCCGCUACUUCGUAAGCAGUAACUCUGAGAGCUGUAAGAAAGGACUGAAGCUACCCGUGGAGGUGAUGCCUCAGGAACCACUUGACGCCCCGAAAAUUACCACAUCUGAGAACGCAGCCUUGGGCCUUGCUGCUGGGCCCACCCCCUCUGCUUCAGCUCAGCUUAGCGCUCGCUUUGUGUUGUUGGUGGCUGCUGGGUAUUGGCAAUCCUGUAUGUUUGUUUAGAGCCCAUUUACUGUACCCAUCUCUACUGUGUUUUUUAUUUUUCCUUCUUUAAGAACUUGUAAUAAUAAAGAUUAAGUGUUUUUAUUGUUUUAAAAUUAUUAGAGUAAUUACAGUUUAAUCUCUA